AUGAUCGGCAGCGACGCAUUCUGGGAAAACGAGCGGGAGGCCCCCUUGCUUAACCGUAACGAUAACUUUUUCAGACCGGAAACUGCUGAUGAGCUGCUGCAGCGCGCGCAGCAGCUGCUGCAGCUGCUCGAUCAGAGGACAGCAACCAAAAUAGAAUCACAAACCUUAAGUCCCAACUGUGAAGACGAAGCCGCGAAACGCAUUUUCGCGCUUGAUGCUGAGCGCACGUUCAAGUCGCCUGAAUGUAGAGGGAAGCUUGUCGAGGUCCUUUCUUCCCUGUGGCCAGAGCUAGGGGAUUACCAUCAGGGCUUAGGAUUCGUGGUUUCGUUCUUGUUGUUGGUACUGCCUCCCACCGACGUGCUGCGGGUCUGCAUUGGCUUGCAUCGGGAAUAUAUGCCAGGCUAUUUCAAGGCCGCUCCAGUAGCCUACGUUCGUGACGCUCGGGUGUUUCAGAAAAUGCUAAACAAAAGGGAGCCUGAAGUGGGGGCUCAUCUAGAGGACUUGGCGUGUGCGGAGGCGUAUGCCAGCAAAUGGUUCGUCGGCCUCAAUGUACACGUAUUGACGUUUGAGGCCUUAUUUGUGUUCCUUGAGGGGCUUUUAGAAACGGGAGACAGGUAUCUUUUCCAGUUCGCUUUUGCACUUAUUGCAAACUGCAAAGAGGAGCUCCUGAACGCGAAGAAUGCUGCCGACGUACUCGAAAUCCUGAGGCUGGAUGUAGCCAGGUAUACAAACAAGCACAAGGCAACUGGGGAGGACGCGGACGGCUCGUUUUUCAUGAAAAUUGUUAAGGACGCAAAGGGGAUCGUCGUGGAGACGGAAGAACUAGAGAAGCUCCGUGAAGAGGCAAUGGAGGAUUUGCGCAUGGAACAAGAGAGACGAAAGCAGAGAGACAAAGAGCUGGGUCUGGACUCGGAUGAUUCCAUCAUUUUCUCUGAUGAAUACGAAGAAGAAGAAGAAGAAGAAGAAGAAGACGAAGAGGAAGACAGUUCGGAUGUUGAGACGGGCGUACAGGAAGCACCUAAGGGGGAGACCAAAGCCGUUGCUGUAGGAGAUGUAGUUGAGAAGCGCGAAUGCGCAGAGUAG